UUCAUAGUUUAAAAACUUGUCAAAAUGUACAAUAAAUACAUAUAUAUGAAUAACUAUACAUAUAAACAUUUUUUAUCAAGUCUUAAAUUUAUCUAAAAAUGGAAUCAGCUAUUGACACUUUAAACCAUCAAGAGUCCGACGAUAACAUCAACAUUAUUACAAAAAUUUUACAAAGGAAGAAAGUAUACAACGAUGAUGCCGACUUAAGCGCACAUCCCAGCUAUUCGGAAUUUAAAGAUUCUUAUAAGAAGAGAUGUGCCUUAAGAUAUCGUGACAAUUGUAUAAAGUAUGAAAAGCAAUUUCAACGAGAACUUACUCAAAUGUCAAAUCAUCAACCAACAGCAUAUGAAGCUGCAAGAUUUACCAGGCAUUUUUGUAAAACGACGCUUUGGCCACGUUUACACAAUCACGAGGAAAUUGAUUAUUUUCAAAGACAAUUUUUCAAAAUGACAUCCCGUCAAAAGAAGCGACUCAAUUUCCUCAUGAACACUAAACUGAUUUGACGGAAAAAGCCAAAUUUUAAUCUCAACUCUUUAGAAUUAUUUUUUGUAAAAUUCAAUUUCCAUUGGCUUGGCAACUAUUUUGCUUAGUUUUUCUUUUUGUUUUUGUUAAUUUAUCUCGAAUAAACUGAAAAUUCAAAACUUGUUCAACGAGUUUCAAAUCUA